GGCUGAUUCAACCAAGUACAGUACAUAAGGCAUGCAGCAGACAAUGAAACUUUUGACGUCUUGGGUAGAGCUUCGGCCGCCCAAGGUGGGCAUUAGACAUCCAUCAUGAGGGGAGUGAGGCGAGACUACAGUCACCAUGAGCAGCCUCACUAUUCUUCUCAGUUGAGCUGAAAAGCGUCAAGAGAGCCGAAUACCUUGAACUUUAAGAUCCAAUGCUAUCGGUAUCAUCGUAUAUCGUAGGAGACCUCAAUCAUUAGUUAGAUACCUUAUGUACUAUACCUCAUUUCGUAUCAUAUAGCAACACCGCGGGAUAUCGCCCGGUCGAAUUUUCUCAAGGCUGGCAGAGAAAAAUGGAGACCACUAAACAAUUCAUGACACGACCCCUCCACCCUCCACUGUAAAGGUAAGGUAGGUACUAGGUAGCGUAGAGCGAAGAGCGUCGUAGGUAGACGUCAGACGUGAGGUAAGGUACCUAAGGUAAGGCAAGGCAAGGUGCUGGCUCCGUUUAUCUUUCCGUCAUUCUACCUCACCCUCUCUUUCUUCUUUUUUUUUCCCUCCUUUCCUCUUCUUUUCUUCUCCUCCAUACAACCAAAUACUCAUAUACAUAUUCAAAAUGGGUUACGGCGAGAUUGAUCAGAAGGCCAUCAACACCAUCCGUGUCCUUGCGCUGAAUUGGCUUUUACCCCGCCACGGCUGCCCCGCCAUUUUACCAUGAGAGAUGAGACACGAGACGCGCAACAAUGUGAUGAGGACAAUAUUCUCCAGAGAACUCUAUUACUUGGCCUCAUGGCAGUUGCACUUGUAUUUGCUGUGUUCCAUUGAGCCCGCCAGCCUCUCAAUACCCUCACUAUGAACCUCCAGAACAACAUGAGUACUAACGAGCUGUCAACAGGCCGAUGCGACCGCUCACAGCAACUCUGGACACCCUGGUGCUCCCAUGGGAAUGGCCCCAGUUGCCCACGUCCUGUUCAACAAGUUCCUCAACUUCAACCCCAAGAACCCCGACUGGUUGAACCGUGACCGCUUCGUCCUCUCCAACGGACACGGCUGCAUGCUUCAGUAUGCUCUCCUCCACCUUUUCGGUUACGAUCUCAGCAUCGAUGACCUGAAGGCUUUCCGAUCCGUCGACAGCCGCACUCCCGGUCAUCCCGAGGCCCACGACACUCCCGGUGUUGAGGUCACCACUGGCCCUCUCGGCCAGGGUAUCUCCAACGCUGUUGGUCUAGCCAUUGCCCAGGCUCAUACCGGAGCUGUCUUCAACAAGGACGGUUUCCCUCUUGUCAACAACUACACUUACACUUUCCUCGGCGAUGGCUGCUUGAUGGAGGGUGUCUCCAGCGAGGCCUCCUCUCUGGCUGGUCACCUCCAGCUUGGCAACCUCAUUGCCAUCUGGGACGACAACAAGAUCACCAUUGACGGUGACACUGCUGUGGCUUUCACUGAGGAUGUCCCUAAGCGAUACGAGGCCUACGGCUGGCACGUCGUCAAGGUCGACGAUGGUGACCACGAUCUUGCCGGCAUCGAGGCUGCCAUUAAGGAGGCUCAAUCCGUCACUGACAAGCCUACCCUUAUUCAGCUCCGAACCACCAUUGGUUUCGGUUCCAAGAACCAGGGCACCCACGGUGUCCACGGCUCUCCCCUCAAGGCCGACGAUAUCAAGCAGCUCAAGGAGAAGUGGGGCUUCAACCCCGACGAGAGCUUCGCUGUUCCCCAGGAAGUCUAUGACUUCUACGGCAAGCGAUCUUCUGAGGGUGCCGCUCGCGAGCAGGAGUGGAACCAGCUCUUUGCCAAGUACAAGGAGCAGUACCCCAAGGAGCACGCCGACCUCGUCCGCCGCAUGUCUGGCGAUCUUCCCGAGGGCUGGGAGAAGAGCCUCCCCGUCUACACCCCCUCCGACCCCGCCAUUGCCUCGCGAAAGCUCUCCGAGACCGUCCUCAGCAAGGUCGAGAGCGUCAUUCCCGAGCUCUUCGGUGGUUCCGCCGAUUUGACUGGCUCUAACCUGACCCGAUGGAAGGAGGCUGUCGACUUCCAGCCCAAGUCCACUGGUCUCGGUGACUACUCUGGCCGAUAUGUCCGCUACGGUGUCCGUGAGCACGGCAUGGGUGCCAUCCUCAACGGUCUCGCUGCGUACGGCACCAUCCUGCCCUACUCCGGUACCUUCUUGAACUUCGUCUCAUACGCUGCCGGUUCCGUCCGUCUGUCCGCUCUCUCUCGCGUUCGCACCAUCUGGGUUGCCACCCACGACUCUAUUGGUCUUGGUGAGGAUGGUCCUACUCACCAGCCUAUUGAGACUCUUGCCCACUUCCGCGCUCUCCCCAACUGUCUUGUCUGGCGACCUGCCGACGGUAACGAGACCAGCGGUGCUUACUACGUCUGCUUGACCUCCAAGCACUCCCCUAGCAUCAUUGCUCUGUCUCGACAGAACCUUCCUCAACUCGAGGGCUCUACUAUCGAGAAGGCCGCCAAGGGUGGUUAUGUCCUGCGUGAAGUCGAGGGUGCCGACAUCACCCUGGUUGCCACCGGUUCCGAGGUUUCCAUUGCUGUCGAUGCUGCCAAGUAUCUCCAGGAUAACAAGGGCAUCAAGGCCCGUAUCGUCUCCAUGCCCUGCUUCGAGGCUUUCGAUCUCCAGGACAAGGAGUACCGCUUGUCCGUCCUUCCCGACGGCAUUCCUUCUCUGUCCAUUGAAGUCAUGAGCACCAUGGGCUGGGAGCGUUACACUCACGAGCAGUUCGGUAUCAACCGAUUCGGUGCUUCUGGUGCCUACAAGGAUGUCUACAAGAAGUUCGAGUUCACCCCUGAGGGCAUUGCCAAGCGCGCCGUCGCCACCAUCGACUUCUGGAAGGACGUCCCCAACAUCCGAUCCCCCAUCAACCGUGCUUUCCAGCAGAUCAUCUAGAUCAAAGAUAAUAACGAAUAAAAAGAAACGAAGGAUAAGAAUAAAAACACCGGGAAGAUACCAGCCCGGACAGAAUGAUUAUGCAAGUGACGACGAUGGACUUUGGAGCAAGGCUUUGUGGAUUUAUAGCAACUUAGACACGUACUACAAGAUGAAACUGAAUCUUUUAGAACAAAGAACUUGACUUAAGUGAGCCAUUUCGUGCUGUGAUAUGCUGUGUGGUAUCUGCCUGCCAUGGGAUUCUAUCAUCUAUGUAGUCAAGACAGCUUUUACUGGCAUGAACUCAUGAUCCCAAAUGUCAAAUCAUGCGAUUGCGUGUCCACCCCAUACCAUCUUCCUCGAAGACGGUUUUCUUGUGUGAAUGCAUUCUCCGUAAACCCAGACUCUCAUGACUUUUCUCCGUCUCAUCAGAGAACAAGAUGACAAUCCGAGACGCCAAAACUUUUAUCCCGUCAUUGCUAAGCACUUUUAUGUCGUUCUCUCACUUUGAUUCGUGGUAUCGCAUCGCAUCGCAUCGCAUUAUAUCGCUUCGUAAAUGUAAUUCGUCAUAUCAUGUGAACGACAAGCACCCCAGCUGGUGGGUGUUUCUGCAGCCUGAUCACUCUGGCCCCUCGUCGUUUGGGCGCUCUUGACUACUCUCAGCAGCCCACUCCCUUUGGAAUUCUCUUCCCACGCGCUCUAGCCUUGUUGAUGCGCGGCGGGCUUCUCUCGCUUCAUCUGCGGACCCUGCGACGACCACACCAACGAGCAACGGGGCCGCAUCCUCGGAUCGCGGAUCGUCAUGGGACGGCGCAGGUUCAGACCGAGGUGCUCUAGAGUCGGGGCCGUGACUUGACCCAGGCGCUGAACCCGGGCGGCUAGAGGCGGUCGCGGCAGCGUUGUUGGUAGCUGCAUCGACAGCGUCGCGAGGAUCAAGAUAUGAGUGUAUUACGACAGGCCCACGAUCAGGGUACUCAACCAUGAGACGUUGGGGGCGACCGAGACCGAGUCGCUGAGCGGCGGUCUGGGAGGAGAGGGCGCUUGAGGUAAGAGCUGUGAGGGAUUCGAGGUGUGAUUGCGACGAGGCCGAGGUGAUGAGCGGGGUGAGGGUGACGUCGGAGAGAUGGAGAGAGAGGGUGGGGUGUUGCGAUGGGAGGUUGGCCAUGAUGAUAAUGGCGAGGGCCAAAGCUGGCAGUUUCCGGGAGAGAUCGACUGACUAUGAAAGUUGAGGAUAUUCGGCGCAAAGGGAGUUGGGCGCAAGAGGAAUGGAUAUUGUUGAGAGAGCGAGAGAGUGAGUGUGGAGGGGGGUUUAGAGAAUUAGGUCAUGAGCAGACGAUCCGCUGUUGGAGACAAGACGGUCUUUGGGCAAUGAGUGACAACUCGACAAGGGAGCUUUUUGGCGCCUUCGCUUGGGGCUUGGCUAAGGUGGCACAGGCUGGAACCCCGCUGUGAACUCGGCUCUGUCACUCCCCUGCCUCGAAGAAGCAAGAAAAC